ACAGAACAGUCCAGCGCCCCAGUAGAAAAAAACAUUACUUUGGAAAGGCCUUCUGACCUGGAACUCAUAUGCCAGUUCACGACAUCUGGGGAUUUGAAUUCAGUGAAUGUGACUUGGAAAAAAGAUGAUGUAUUUCUUGAGAAUUUUGAUGUUUUCAACACAACUAAAGUGGGAAACACCUUGUACAGUCAGUACAGGUUCAUCAUUUUUAAUAGCAAACAAAUGGGAAAUUAUUCUUGUUUCUUGAAUGGAGAAGAGGAGCUCAGAGGAACAUUUAAUAUCAGAGUACCCAGUGUUCAUGGAAAAAACAAGCCAUUGAUCACUUAUGUGGGGGAUUCUACUGUCCUGAAGUGUGAAUGUCAAGAUGGUCUUCCUUUAAACUGGACUUGGUACAUGAGUAAUGGAAGUGUACAGGUUCCUAUUGAUGUUUACAAGAAUGAUAAGUAUGUUAUAAAUGGAUCCUAUGCUAAUGAAACACGACUCAAGGUAAAGCAUCUCUUGGAGGAAGAUGGAGGCUCCUACUGGUGCCGGGCAGUCUUCCAGUUAGGUGAGAGUGAAGAACACAUUGAGCUGGUGGUACUCAGCUUCAUGGUGCCCCUCAAGCCGUUUCUCGCCAUCAUUGCGGAAGUUAUUCUCUUAGUGGCUAUCAUUCUGCUUUGUGAAGUGUACACACAGAAAAAAAAGAAUGACCCAGAUGAUGGGAAAGAAUUUGAACAAAUUGAACAGCUGUAAGUAUUUUUUAUUGAUUUU